CACACACACACACACACACACACACACACACACACACACACACACUGACGUCUUUUGCGCAUUUCCUGCAUUAGAGGGAGGGAGACUCGCUCGCACACCGACGGAGGGAGAAGAGACCGCGGGGGAGAGCGGGCAGGCGCGCGGCGAGCAGGCGGCUGCCGAGAGCGGGGACGCGGGGAGCGCGGCGGGCGGGCGCCGGCGCCCGGGAGGUGGGGCCGCGCCGAGUCGCAGUCCCGGCCCCGCCGCCGCGCUGCACACCGCCCGGUGCCGGCCUGCGCCCCGAGCCCGAGCGGCGGCCACCCCGACUCCUGAGCCCGCGCGGGUGUGAGAUUCCGGGCUCCUGGCGUCCCCCGAUCACCGACUGCGACGCGGCGCUGCUUCUUCCAAGAGGAGGCGGUCAGGCUGGCCGUGUGGCUUGUGGAUUUUUAAAAAUUUGGCUCCGAAGAGGACCAUUUCCUCUCGACAUGCAUCCCUCCGGAUAGACUGAACAUCCCACGGUCCAUUCCCCGCCCAGCGCGGUCAGAGGCAGGCGCCGAGUGUGCGAAGAGGAUCCGGGUUGAAAUCUGCGCCCCCAGUUCUCAUCCCCGCCCCGUCCCCCAGCCCCCUCCUUCUCCCCCUCCCGGAGUAGAAAUUUUCCCGGGGAUUAUGUUUCGGAAAGGUAGGUAAGCGCCGGGCGCGGCGCCCGCUUCCCCGCAGCCCGGACCGGGAAAGCCAGCAAGGCGGGGAGACAACCCCCGCGGCUUGCAGCGGAGCCGACAGCUCGUCUCCUCUUCUAGAGGUGUUGCUGGUGGUAGGGGGGGAGAGACUUGCUCCAAACACGGACAUCCCCCGGCUCUCCCCCCCUCCCUGUUUUCCGUUAGGAACCCGGCGAGGAAAUACAUGCACUCGCUGAGAAUCGUCUGCUCCAGGACGCAACGCUUCAAGGUGUAGGGAGUGUGGGGUGGGGCGAGAGGGGACCCAAGAGUCCCCGUAGCCCCGAGUGCCGGGCCGUGCUCUUCAUUCCUGCCCUCGGGGCGGACGGAGUGACCCCGGCCCCCACUCCCCGCCCCGACCAUGGUAGUUUUCAAUGGCCUUCUUAAGAUCAAAAUCUGCGAGGCCGUGAGCUUGAAGCCCACAGCCUGGUCGCUGCGCCAUGCGGUGGGACCCCGGCCGCAGACUUUCCUUCUCGACCCCUACAUCGCCCUCAAUGUGGAUGACUCGCGCAUCGGUCAAACGGCCACCAAGCAGAAGACCAACAGCCCGGCCUGGCACGACGAGUUCGUCACCGAUGUGUGCAAUGGGCGCAAGAUCGAGCUGGCCGUAUUCCACGAUGCCCCCAUUGGCUACGACGACUUCGUGGCCAACUGCACCAUUCAGUUUGAGGAGCUGCUGCAGAAUGGGAGCCGCCACUUUGAGGACUGGAUUGACCUGGAGCCAGAAGGAAGAGUGUAUGUGAUCAUCGAUCUUUCAGGGUCAUCUGGUGAAGCCCCUAAAGACAAUGAGGAGCGUGUGUUCAGGGAGCGCAUGCGGCCCAGGAAGCGGCAGGGGGCCGUCAGGCGCAGGGUCCACCAGGUCAACGGCCACAAGUUCAUGGCCACCUACCUUCGGCAGCCCACCUACUGCUCCCACUGCAGAGAUUUCAUCUGGGGUGUCAUAGGAAAGCAGGGAUACCAAUGUCAAGUUUGCACUUGCGUUGUCCACAAGCGAUGCCAUGAGCUCAUAAUUACGAAGUGUGCUGGAUUAAAGAAACAGGAAACUCCUGACGAGGUGGGCUCCCAGCGGUUCAGCGUCAACAUGCCCCACAAGUUUGGCAUCCACAACUACAAGGUGCCCACCUUCUGCGACCACUGCGGGUCCUUGCUCUGGGGCCUCCUGCGGCAGGGCUUGCAGUGCAAAGUCUGCAAGAUGAACGUUCACCGACGCUGCGAGACCAAUGUGGCUCCCAACUGCGGAGUGGACGCCAGAGGAAUCGCCAGAGUGCUGGCCGACCUAGGCGUCACUCCGGACAAAAUCACCAACAGCGGCCAGAGGAGGAAAAAGCUCAUGGCUGGUGCUGAGUCCCCACAGCCUGCUUCUGGAAGCUCACCAUCUGAGGAAGAUCGAUCCAAGUCGGCACCCACCUCCCCUUGUGACCAGGAACUAAAAGAACUUGAAAACAACAUCCGGAAAGCCUUGUCAUUUGACAACCGAGGGGAAGAGCACAGGGCUGCAUCAUCCAGUGAUGGCCAGCUGGCGAGCCCUGGCGAGAACGGCGAAGUCCGGCAAGGCCAGGCCAAGCGCUUGGGCCUGGAUGAGUUCAACUUCAUCAAGGUGUUGGGCAAAGGCAGCUUUGGCAAGGUCAUGUUGGCAGAGCUGAAAGGCAAAGAUGAGGUAUAUGCUGUGAAGGUCCUAAAGAAGGAUGUCAUCCUUCAGGACGAUGAUGUAGACUGCACCAUGACAGAGAAGAGGAUUUUGGCUUUGGCCCGGAAACACCCAUAUCUUACCCAACUGUACUGCUGCUUCCAGACCAAGGACCGCCUCUUUUUUGUCAUGGAGUAUGUAAAUGGUGGAGACCUCAUGUUCCAGAUUCAGCGCUCCCGAAAAUUCGACGAGCCUCGUUCCCGGUUCUACGCUGCAGAGGUUACGUCAGCGCUCAUGUUCCUCCACCAGCAUGGGGUCAUCUACAGGGAUUUGAAACUGGAUAACAUCCUUCUGGAUGCAGAAGGUCACUGCAAGCUGGCUGACUUUGGAAUGUGCAAGGAAGGGAUUCUGAAUGGAGUGACGACCACCACUUUCUGCGGGACUCCUGACUAUAUCGCUCCCGAGAUCCUGCAGGAGUUGGAGUACGGCCCCUCAGUGGACUGGUGGGCCCUGGGGGUGCUGAUGUAUGAGAUGAUGGCUGGGCAGCCCCCCUUCGAAGCCGACAAUGAGGACGACCUGUUUGAGUCCAUCCUCCAUGAUGACGUGCUCUACCCAGUCUGGCUCAGCAAGGAGGCCGUCAGCAUCCUGAAGGCGUUCAUGACCAAGAACCCCAACAAGCGCCUGGGCUGUGUGGCAGCCCAGAACGGCGAGGACGCCAUCAAGCAGCACCCUUUCUUCAAGGAGAUCGACUGGGUGCUCCUGGAGCAGAAGAAGAUCAAGCCUCCCUUCAAACCUCGAAUUAAAACCAAAAGAGAUGUCAACAACUUUGACCAAGACUUUACCCGGGAGGAGCCGGUACUCACACUCGUAGAUGAAGCCAUUGUGAAGCAGAUCAACCAGGAGGAAUUCAAAGGCUUCUCCUACUUUGGUGAAGACCUGAUGCCCUGAGAAGUGGCUGCAGGUGGAGUUCGGUGAUGCUGCAGGAAGGGGUGCCUAUUGCCAGGGGCUGACGGCCGGCACUGCCUCUCCUCCCCAGAGCCCAACGCCUUGUCCACCCUCUAUUUAUUGCAUCCCCCACCCCAGGCCGGCUCCUCCCUGCUCCCACCUGAGGACCAGAAGGCACUCUCAGUUCUUGUCUCACCAGUAAUGCAGAAUCGCCAUGGGUCGGCAGCUAGCAGGACACACGGCCCUGUUGGAAAAAGCCUGUUCUGCUCCUUGAGGGCCCCAGCCAUGAAGCCACUUCACUUCUCUCACUGGACCCAACAACGGAAGGAAACAGGAAGGCUCUGGCUCUGCUUCUGAAUGGAGAGUCCCAACAGCUCUCACUAGUCAGCCCUCACUAGUCAGCCCUCCAGUCCUCCGCCUGCCAUCCUCUGCCCUUCUGUCCAGGAGAAGAAAUUGGUGAUUCUUCAGCAUGAGGGUGGAUGCCCUCGGGGUGUACCUGCAGAGGAGAGAGAUGGAGAGGUGCACAGUUGGCUACCUGUGUUGGUUUGCUCCGGAAUGGCUGAUUCUUCCUUGCUUUGGUUUUAGCUUUGGGGCAUGCCAAAGUUGUAUAAGCAUGUAUCUCGUUAAGAAAUUUUGUAGAAAAUGGAAUUUGACUUUGAACUCUAUUAACAUUUGAAAACUAUAUAAUCAGAUUUGCUUUCUAAUUGGCCAAAAGAAAAGAAUUCCAGUAUUAAUACAGGUAGAUAUUAAAGGGCUAAUACACAGUGUGAAACCACUUGUCCACGGUGGCUGCUGUGAGUGCUGUAGUGGCGUGGGGGCUGUAGGACCUGGGGGAGGGAAGCAAGCAGUGCCCCGCAAUGUAAAAGGUCUGCCUGAACACAGGCCACGCAUUGAUGGCCAUGACCCUGGGGUUCUAGCAAAACUCCACUCCCAAGUUCUCUUUCCAGUUUGGCCCUAAACUCCCAGCAUUAACUAUUUAUUUCCUGCAGCAGUGUGUUAAUUUUUGCGCACUUCUACACAAUGGUAGUACUACUGUGUUGUGGUUUUUAAACAUUAAACAUGUAAAGUUAAAUAUGAAAGAUCUGCUUUUGGAACAAGCAGAAUAAGGCUAAACAUGGGUUAUACAGAGGGUAUCAAGAGACUGAAGAGCAACUUGCUUGAAAACUGACAGUGUAGCAAGAUGACUGGGAGUUUUGUUUCUGUGUGACAAGCAGCACAACUCAUGGGGACACUAUUUAAUGGACGUGAUGUUACCUCCUGUAGAUACGCUGACAGUGUUACAUUCUUUGAUUUCCAAGGGUUCUCUGUGGCUUUGUGUAUAUGUUUCCUGGAGGUCAUUUGAAUCCCUAUUUUACUGAGCUGAUUUAGCAGGGAAUGGAAUCCAUUCCAGCUGUUGCACGUGGAUUUCCCAGCUGCCCCUAAAUAUAUAUACUUGUGACUGGCAAAGUGGCACUAAUGAAGCUUUUUGCCUUUUGUACAUUUGGGAUUUUUGUAUAUAGUGUUUGCUGCAAGGCCUGUGGAAUUAAUUCAUUGACUUUAGAGGUAUCAACUGCUGCAUGUUCAGGCAUAUUAUAAAACUUUAGUCUAUGAAAGAAUAAUUAUAAUAAUGUCCAGGUGCAAUACUCUGUAAGUGUAUUGGUUCAAGUUACCAAGAGAUAGGAUGUGUUUCUUUCUUUUUUUUUUUUUUUUUUGAGGAGGGGUCCUUUGUAUUGUUUAUUUCAUUUUGAUUUUGGUUUAUCUUAAAAGAUGUAAACAAAUAUUAAGCUAUAUUAAAUCUCACAUAUAGUUCUCCUGUGCUCUAUUAUGCCCUGAUAGAGAUGGGGAAGAGAAAGGAAUGUUUUUGAUAGUGGUUUCAAAGCUUGGACAGCGACUAGCUCAAGCCCACAGAGAGGUGGUGUCCAUAUUUGCAUCCGGCUGGUUAUAGCCUUGUUACUAAUGAUAACAGUCAGUUCAUUUUUGUUUUUCCUUUUUAAAAACUCAGGUGCAAUUACUAUCCAUUCUUAUGAUCGAUCAUUUCAAAUAUUAUGCUGUAUCAAUUUGUGUGUUUGGCAUACCAGUGAAGUGCUGAAAAACAGUAGAUUUAUUUAAUUCAUCUUCGGUAACUUGACAUACUGGGGAGAGACUCUUCUAAAGUCGAGUACAAGCACAGAGACAUCUUCAUGGUGGCAUCAUCUCAUUUUUUAAGAAGACACGACAGUCCUGCCCACGACACUCAUGCAUCACUACUGCUCUCUGCUUCUCCUCUGCUUCCUUCCCCAGGAUAAACUUGGAACAGCCAAGCAAAGGCUCUAACUGCAGUGCCCCCUGGCCUUGUCCAAGGCUGUGGUGGUAUCCCCAUGUCCACAGGGGUUGGUUCCUUCCUACAGGACCACCUGCACUUUUGCUGCAAAGUCAAAUAAUACUACAUUCCACCCAGCAGCUCUAAGCUCUAGGCAGUAAAUUAGGGGCUCAGCUGGCCAGAGAUACCACCAUGCAGCACCCAAAGCCUGGCUGGAGCUGCCCAGGUUUUCACACAGGCCAAUUCAAAUCCCCUGUAGUAGAGAAAAAAGGCCAGGUGUUCCUUGAGUAGCCAUUGUUUCAUUUCAGUUUUCACAAGAGUUUGGAAGCAGACAUACCAUUACAUUUCUGUGGAUUCUUUCUAAUCUUCCUAGCUCUUUUUUUUUUUCCCUGUUAGAGAAAAAGAGUGCAAAAAAAAAAAAUUGCCAAAAAAAAUAUAUGAAGGAUAGCUGUUCUCCUGUGUUCCCUCAUUAUGGACUUUGUGAAGUGGAAACAUAAUUUUUUUCCUCCAAAGGUGGAAACAAUGCAUUCUUGCUUUAAUAAAAAAAUAAAUAAUAAAAAAUAAAAAGGCUAAAAAAAUUACCUCUUUUUAAAUUAUGUGCAAAAUAAUUCUGGCUAAAUAAAAUAUAUUCAAUUUUAGGGUUUUUGUUGUUGGUUUUGUUUUUGGGGGGCUUUUUGUAUUGUGAUGCUUCAUUUGUACAUUUUAUUUUUCCCUUUCCGGAUGUAAUUUUAAUCUCUUGCCAUUUAUUAGUGUUAUUUCAUUGUAAACAUUAUUGUGCCAAAUGUACUGUAUUCAAAAGGAUGUGAAUGUGUAUUGUUUCAGAACCUAAUAAAUACAAUGAUGUUAAAUCUUA